GCCCGGUUUGGCGGCGCGGCCCGAGCUCUGCAGGCGGGCUCCGGGCGCCCCAGUAGCCACCAUGCUCAGCGUCUUGCACUUUCUCCGGAGCUUCUUCAAGCCUGCGGAGCCCAGCGUCCACCUGCCUGGUGACAGUGAGGCUGAAGAUCAGCGGUUCCUCCCACCCCCCGCUGAAGCAGAGGAUCCGACAUGGAGCCGGGAAACAGACCAGGACGACUUUGAGACACUGUCCCAUCACAGCGACAGUCGGUCAGACACCAGAACCGACCUCUUCGAAAGUGCCUCCGAUGCGGAAGACUCUCUCCCUGGCGACCUCACCUGCGACGCCUAUCUCCCUCCAGGUGGCACCCCCCUAACUGAAGCAGCAUGCCAGCUAGGGCCUGAUGUCCCGGCCCACUUGACCAGUGUCCCCUGGUCGGAUACACAAGAACUAGAUUUGUCCCCCGGCUUCAAAGAGCAGUCUUGCCAACAUGAGCUGCCCGUCUUCGCCGCGGGAGCUGGAGGCCAGGACGCAGGACACGGUUGGGACUGCGUGAGCGGCCCGGAGCAGGUGUGUCUGCUGGCGGCGGGGUGCUGCCCACGAACUGCCGAGGGCGGCAGCAGCUCCCAGGGUGCACGGGAGGUGUCUGCCCGCCAUCUCAGGGGGCUCCCUCGUGUUCCUGUCCCCAGAUUCCGAUCUGAGAGCUGUCCGGGUGUGCACCCUCUCCCGCCCUUCCUUCUCCCGCGCUGUGAGCUUGGUCGGAGCUGGCCUCCUAUCCACAAGGCGGGGGCGCCCCCUUGUGGAGGCUCACUGGACAGCAUCGCCCCCCUGGGGUCCCAGGCGUCACCCCGGAGACGAGCUUGUCGCUUGCAGCCCAGGCGUCACCAUAGCGCCCCAGGAAACAUCAGUGAGGUGGGCAGGGUGGAGCCGGGGCAACACUGCUGGCACAUGAGGACUCUGGUCAGGGCCCAUUCUACAGCAGGGUUUCCUUCUGAGGAGCCCCUGCGGCAGAACGGUGGGGUGUUUGGAACCCAUUUAAAGGAUGGAGCGGCGACAGAAGGAACUCCAAGACCCUCAAACUGCUCUUCCCCUAAGCCCACCCCACUAACUCCUCCACUUCUGGCUGCUGCAAGUUCCCAGGAGGAACCCAGCAGCGUUUGCAGCUUGCAAAGGACUUCACAGGAAAACCAGUUGCAACAGGAUUCCAGGUCACGCUCCGUGGCUUUACGCUUUCCUGCAGAACUGUUGAAGCUCCACCCACAGGCAGCGACUGGGCCCGGGGACUGCAAGUCAGAACACAGCCCGGCCAGCCAACCCAGACAACCCCACAGCCCUCGCGGCCCUGCUAACACACAGAAGCAGCUUCAGAGCUUGGUUGUGGAGGUGGGGAGCCAGACCAGUGAUGAGGUGCCAAAGCACGCUCUCCAUGGGAAAGAAGCGCUGCCCAUCAGUGCCAAGUUCCCACGCCACUGGAACAGCGACGAGACCCCCACCUGCAACACAGGCCUGAUGGGCGGCUCGCAAGUGAGUGACUCAGGGGCCCCUGGGAGCCCCCGCACACCAGCAGGAAAGGACUCUCCUGAGGAAACACAAGAAGCAGCUAUGGUUCUAGAUCCCCACUGUACAAAGAGCAUCUUGCAGGACAGUGCUGAGCUCAGAGCUCCCAGCUGCAGCCCUGGGAAUACCCAAGGGGACCAGAGGCCUGCAAGCAGUAACAGGUGCCCACUCUUCAUCAUUGCCGUGGAGCACAAGGGACUGCAGGCUACCACGAGGAAAGCAGUGGGACCUCCACUGGGGACACAGCCUGCUGGCCUCCCUGCACAGAGACUGUUGCCUCCCCUCAGCUUCAGCACAAGCCCCUGUGGGUCUCCCACAGACAGAAUGGGACCCACGUGUGAGUUGCCAGCAGCCCCCGCAUUGCAGGAGAGAGAUAAUGAGGCUUGUCAUUGCCCCAAGAACCAACACACAGAUCUUGGGGCUCUGGUCCCUGAGUCUGCUUCCGGCAUAGAGGAGGUUCCAGAAGAGAAACUGCCUGGGGAGAGCCAGAGUCCAGGGCCUGAGGACACACAGCGGGUCGACAUAGGCCUCCAACCCUCUGGGAGCUCCAGGCCGCCAAGCCCAAGCAGGAGCCCAAGCCUGGGUCUGGAGUGCGACCCGGAGGAUGCAGAAGGCUCCAGCGUGCAGGUCCUUGAGGAAGGCACUGCUGCAGGGGCUGUGAAGACAGGUCCGGGUACUCCAGCCUGGGCCAUCGCCCAUGCGCUACAGCAGCCAGGAGUGCUCAGUGGACGCGGUAAGGCUGUGCAGGAACCGGGGAAGCACUUGGUGAUGCCCAAAGUGACCUCUUUUCAGAAAGGCAAGCCCUGGGCAACUGAUGGCACAGGAAGGAGCCCUUCGGAGCCCCAAGUGGAUGAGAACGCAUCCCCAGAGCCAAGGGAAGGAGGGGGCGAUGUGGGGACCCCAGGAGACCUGGCUAGUAGAAGGCCGUCUUCCCAGCGCUGCCACCCAAAGAGACAAAGGACCACAGAAAGGAGGCUCAGGGCAAGGCUGGCCUCGGCUCACAAGACCUUGACCAAUUUUUUCGAGUCCAAAGUUUUUGAAAGGGAGCACCCCCAAGAGCGCCCCCAGGGGUCUCUCAAAGGUGAGGAGAAGCGCAGGUCACGCCAGAGUUCCUGGCGGACGUUUCUGAGAGGUAAAGACUCCGAAAGCCCCAAAGGGUCCUCCUUGGCGGGUCAGCUACCUGGACCACCACCCCUGGAGCCACCCAGCCCACCUCUCACAGUGCCAGGGAGCCACCGAGAGGGGUGGACGGAGGACGUGGUCAAUUGUGCCUUCGGAGAGCCCUGGAUUCCCCCACAUGUCCCUGUACCUUCGAUGUUUCCGGAACCCAGGAGACAGAGCGAGCCCGCCAUCAAGUGUGCUGCGCCCGAGGAGGGCGGCGGGUGUGGGGUUCCGGGCCAAGCAGGGCUCAACCGCACCCUUCCCUCCAGCUCUGCCUGCUGCCUGACCUCUGAAAACCAGGGCAUGCCCCGCAGGCCCUUGAGCCCCAAGCCCCGGAGCCCCAGGCCCGGCAGUCAGCGCAGGGAUGUGCGCUUCCCCGGUAGGGGCAGUGCCGUCUCCAUGGUUUCUCUGGGACACUACCAGGAUGGGGACAGCGUUGCAGGCAACUGUGAAAGGGUCAGGUCCCCCACAGUCCGGACCUGCCUCCUGCUCUCUCUGCAGACGCUCAACCAGGACACCCAGCAGGAAGAGUGUGACAACAGAGGCCCCUGUCACCCCUGCCUGAGCGCAACACCCUCGCUAAAGGACCUUGCUAGGGGCGAGGACCCUGACACCUGGGAAGAGUCGCCAGGCGAGAAGUCCAGUUGCUCCGGCAUGCAAAGAGCUUUACACGCAGAGCCAGCUCAGAGGCCACUCUCCGGCGCCCAGGUGGCAGGGGGGGCGCUCCACUCCCUCUCUGUAGGGGCUGCCCCCAGGGAGGCCCUCGCCCCUGCCAGGAGCAGCCCAUGGCGCCCACACCGCAGUGUGGAUGACCUGUGGCUGGAGAAGACACAGAAGAAAAGGCUGACAGAGCAGGUCCAGGUGGAAAGGAAGAUGCGAGCAAGGGUCCUGCGCAAAGACAGUGUCCAGGACUGUAGGAAGAUGACCGUGGCCUCUCCAGUGUCUCUGAAACAUUCCAGAAGAAGCUGUCCACUCUCCCAGAGUGCCCCAGCAGCACUGAACCACCUGGGCCGGCCACAGCACACACCUGUCAAUGUGAGCGCGGUCAAGGAGAUGCGCUGGAUGGCUUAUGAGCUCCCGUCGCCUCUGCUCUACAUCCAGUCCCUAAACGUCCCCCUCAUCUCCCAGUGGUUAGCAUUGUGCUCUGCGCAUAGCAGGCCCACAGUGUCACCUGCCAAGGACACUGACGAUAUUCCAGCGAGAAGCGCCUGA